AUGGAGAAGCUACUGAGACGAGACGUCCCCACUCCCCUUCCUCAUUCCGCCUCCCCUCCCUCCGCAUACACGCGUCUGCCGGCGUCCUUCUGCUGCCGGCCUGCUGAGGAGCUAGCACCGCUGCUGCUGGGGAAGCUGCUGAGACGAGACGACGUGGUGCUGCGCAUCACAGAGGUGCAUUCAGGGAGCAAGGCAGGUGGAGGCAUACACAGAGGGGGACACGGCAUGCCAUGCCCGCUUUGGGUGCACUGCGCGCACGGCCCCACUGGUUGGUACCCUGCUGUGCUGACCGCUGCUGCGCUGUGCCAUGCUGCGCUGUGCCAUGCUGCGCUGUGCCAUGCUGCGCUGACCCCUGCUGCGCUGUGCCAUGCUGCGCUGACCCCUGCUGCGCUGUGCCCUGCUGCCACUCGUUUCGGCCCUCCAGGGCGAGCGUACGUGUAUCUGUGCUACGGGUUGCAUCACAUGCUCAACAUCACAGCAGAUAGGGACGGCACUGCGGCUGCGUGCCUUGUGCGCGCAUGCGAGGCCGUGGCAGGUGUUGCCACGAUCAGGGAGCGGAGAGGGAACCAACCCCUGACUCCUGCUCUGCUGGCUGGCCCCGGAAAGGUGGCAGCAGCACUGGCCCUGACAACACAGUGGUCGCACCAUCCACUGCACGAACCGGGGGGGUUGGAGCUUUUAGAUGCACCACCUGUCGCCUCCGUACUGAUUGGGCCCAGAGUGGGCAUCGACUAUGCCGACCCGUGCGAUGUGGCGCUGAGGUGGCGCUUUGCGAGUGGCGGCACUGCAUCAGUCAGUAACCCUAAGCGAGGGCUGCAGGUGCUGAGUAGCUGGCAGGAGGUUAGGGACGAGGAUGAAGAUGCAAACUUUGGUGAGGUCUGA